GUCCGAUUUGCUUAAAAAUCUUAAUUUUCCUCUGGCAUCAAAGUCUCCCCACUCGAAGCAAUUGAUUUGUGCUGCAGCCAUUGGAACUCGAUUCGAAGAUAAAGCAAGACUUCGAAAGCUGGUUGAUGCAGGAUUAGAUAUUGUAGUAUUGGAUUCUAGUCAGGGAAAUUCAUCAUACCAAGUUGAAAUGAUACAAUAUAUCAAAAAAACAUAUGGUGAAACGCUUGAUGUCAUCGCUGGUAAUGUUGUCACUCGAGAGCAAGCGGCUCGUUUGAUUGAAGCUGGUGCUGACGCAUUGCGUGUCGGCAUGGGUAGUGGCAGUAUAUGCAUUACACAGGAAGUUAUGGCAGUAGGUCGUCCUCAAGGAACUGCUGUAUACAUGGUCUCUCAAUUUGCCAAAAAAUUUGGUAUUCCAGUAAUUGCAGAUGGUGGUAUUCAAAAUGUUGGUCAUGCUACGAAAGCUUUAGCUCUUGGAGCUUCUUCUGUAAUGAUGGGUGGGCUACUUGCUGGUACCACUGAAUCUCCCGGAGAUUAUUUUUAUCAUGAAGGUCAGAGACUAAAAAAAUAUCGUGGCAUGGGUUCGUUGGAUGCAAUGGAACGAAACGUUUGCGGCGCAAGUUCGAAUAGUAAUAAUACUGCCGCAGGUAGAUAUUUUUCUGAAAGAGACGUUAUUAAAGUUGCACAAGGUGUUGCUGGUGCUGUUGUUGACAAGGGUAGUAUUAGAAAGUUUGUUCCCUAUUUAAUGACCGGAUUGCAACAUGCAUUACAAGAUAUUGGAGUUAAGAAUAUAGGUCAGUUAUGGGAAAAUGCUGAAUCUGGUAAAUUAAGAUUUGAAUUGAGAACCGUUGCUGCACAAGUCGAAG